AUGGGUGCGGAGCAAAGUGUUCCGGCUGGCGUGGAGGUUCAGCCGGCCUCGACUGCUGGAACGGGCCAGCCUUAUGGCGGGGCUCCUGACCUAAACAGCGAAAAGGCAACUGCUGUGCCAUCUGCCCUUGUUUUGGUUGGCCCAUCCGGUGUUGGCAAAGGCACCCUGGCGAAGCGACUAAUACAGGAUGGCGAUCAAUUUGGCUUCUGCGUUAGCCACACGACAAGAGCCCCUCGCCCAAACGAGCAGCACGGUGUGCACUACUUUUUUACAACAAAGGAGCAGUUUGCGAAGGAAAUUGGAGAGGGCAAAUUUCUGGAGUACGCUGAGGUGCAUGGCAACUUGUACGGCACGAGUGUUGGAGCAGUGCGCUCAGUUCUCGACUCUGGUCGAGUCUGUGUGUUGGAUAUAGAUGUACAGGGUGCCCGUGCGGUGCGGAAGAGCGGCCUAAAGGCCAUCUUCGUGUUCAUUGCUCCACCUUCGCUCGAGGACCUCGCGAACCGCCUGGCAGGGCGGGGUACGGAAACAGUCGAGCAAAUAACACGGCGGCUGAACAAUGCCAAGGCAGAAAUUGAGAGCAUUAACGAGAAGGGGCUGUAUGACUACUUGCUCAUUAACGACGAUUUGGACGAGGCAGUCAAGCGGCUCAAGGCCAUUGCGGAACGCGCGGCGAAGGGAUUGGACCCUGAGCCGGGCAUGGUUCCGGAGCGGGUUGUCCUGGAAGAUGUAAGCAUUCAAGUUGCCAACGGAUACAGCUAA